CAGCAAUAGCUGAAUGAGGUCAGAGCCCCGGAAGCAGAAGAGGACCUUCCUGAUUGUUUUCGUCGUGUUUGCACCGUUUCUUCACUGUUUCUCCUCAGGAAUCCUAUAUAAUAUACACUUAUUUUCUUCUGAUAAAAUCGUAAGCAUCCGCGGCAGAGAUGGCAAGAAACGCAGAGAAGGCCAUGACGGCUCUGGCUCGGUUCAGACAGGCUCAGCUGGAGGAGGGCAAAGUGAAGGAGAGGAGACCGUUCCUGGCGUCGGAGUGCAGUGAGCUUCCUAAAGCUGAGAAGUGGAGACGUCAGAUCAUCAGUGAGAUCUCUAAGAAAGUGGCUCAGAUCCAGAAUGCUGGUCUCGGGGAGUUUAAGAUCCGGGAUUUGAACGAUGAGAUCAACAAGCUGCUGAGAGAGAAAGGUCACUGGGAGGUCCGGAUCAAAGAACUGGGAGGCCCGGACUAUGCACGAGUCGGUCCCAGGAUGUUGGAUCACGAGGGGAAGGAGGUUCCAGGAAAUCGAGGAUAUAAAUACUUCGGAGCAGCCCGAGACCUGCCCGGAGUCAGAGAGCUGUUCGAGAAGGAGCCUGCCCCGGCGCUGAGGAAGUCGAGGGCGGAGCUGAUGAAGGAGGUGGACGCCGAGUAUUACGGCUACAGGGACGAAGACGACGGAGUGCUGCUGCCUCUGGAGGCGCAGUACGAGAAGCAAGCUGUGCAGGAGGCGGUGCAGAAGUGGAAGAAGGAGAAGGAAUCCCGUCUGUCAGGAGACAAACAGCCGGAGGAAGAGGAGGAAGAGGAGAGCAUCUACAGCGCUCACAAAGAGGAGCCUGAAGAUGAGGAGAGCCGGGAAGACCUGGAAGGAGAGGAGGGGGGGGUCACUUUCAUGGCACACGUUCCUGUUCCGUCCCAGAAAGAGGUAGAGGAGGCUCUGGUCAGGAGGAAGAAGAUGGAGUUGUUGCAGCGUUACGCCAGCGAGACGCUUCAGGCUCAGAGUCAGACAGCCAGGACGCUGCUGGGCCUGUGACCGGUCUGUCUCUCUGUGACCUGUCUGUCUCUCUGUGACCCAUCUGUCUCUCAUCAUUAUGGAACACUCGCGCUCCUAUUGGCUAGCGCUCUCAACACAUUGUAUGUGAUAGGCUAAGGGGCGGGACAUCUCUAGGCGGUCAACCAAUCACAACAGAGUCGGCCAGCUAAGCGUAGACUAUAACUGUCUUGCUGUGACCCGUCUGUCUCUCUGUGACCCGUCUGUCUCUCUGUGACCCGUCUGUCUCUCUGUGACCCGUCUGUCUCUCUGUGACCCGUCGGGCUGUUGAUGUAAAUACCUAUUUUUUUAUUUUGUCCUGUUUCUCAUUAAAAACGUUUUCCAGAAAA